UUUCUUUUUCAUAAAAGGAUGAUUAGAAGUUCUAUAAAAUGGGAAAGUGAUGGCCAAAAUGAUCAUGGUGGAGCUAUGAAAGGAGCUUCUAUUGAUUCCUGCCCUGCAAAUGGAGGCCAUGGUUCCCAUAGCUACUCCAAAAACUCCUAUUAUCAGAAAUCAUCUGUAGACAUAGUGAGGAUCAAAAUCGAAGAAGAAAUCAAAGAAAAAUUCAGCACAACAAACCUAAUUUCUUCUUCUUCUUCAUCGUCGAACACGAUUCGUCUUGCCGAUUUAGGAUGCGCAACAGGACCAAACACCUUCUGGACAAUGCAAUACAUAAUCGACGCCAUGAAAUCAAAUCUCAAAUCUCCUUGUCCUAAUUCCCCUAAACUUUCCCCCAAUUUCCAAGUCUUCUUCAACGACCAAAUCACCAACGAUUUCAACACCCUGUUCCUUUCUCUGCCACAACAACGAGACUAUUUCGCCGCCGCCGCGCCUGGAUCCUUCUACGGCCGCCUCUUCCCGGACUCUUCUAUCCACUUCGUUCACACAGCGUACUCGAUCCACUGGCUGUCGGCGGUGCCGGCGGAGGUGAGGGAUAAGAGAUCGGCGGCGUGGAACAGAGGGAGGAUUCACUAUAUAGGGGCGGCGGAGGAAGUGGUGGAGGCUUAUGCGGGUGGAUUUGCGGCGGAUAUGGAGAGGUUUUUGGAAGCUAGGGCUGAAGAAAUGGUUGGUGGAGGAAUUAUGGUGAUGAUUUGUUUAGGGGUUUGCGACGGCGUUUCUCCUUCUCAACUUCCUUUCCGGAUUCUUUAUGAUAAUUUGGCUUUUGCUCUCAUCGACAUGGCCAAAGAGGGGCUUCUUAACGAAGAUGAAGUGGACUCAUUCAACUUACCAAUGUACAUCACAUGCCCAAAAGAGAUGAGAAAAUUGAUAGAAAAAAAUGGGCAUUUUAGUAUUGAGAGAAUCGAGCUAACAGAGUCAGCGACGUGGGUGAAAGAAAACAUAGACAUUCGAGUGUGGAUCAAUCAUGUAAGAGCUGCAAUGGAAGGAACCUUCAUCGAACACUUCAAAAAGAAGGAAUUAAUGGAUGAAAUGUUUGAAAGAGUGAUAAGAAAACUUUCAAAUUACCCUGAGGAGAUCAAUGAAAAGCUUCAUGAAAAGGUCCAACUAUUUGCUGUUUUGAAGCGCAAAGAAGAUGCUUUUCUAAACUAAAGAAAUGGGUUGAGAGAAUCUAUAGUUUCAACGUCCCCUUUGUUUAUGAUGUGAUCAAUAAAUACAUUGUGUUGUGUAUAUAAAACCUUGAUUGCGCUUCUUGGAACUGUAUGGUGCAUUUGGAAUAAAGGGUAUUGUAACUUUUUCUUUCA